AUGACGUGGGCGCUUGCGCCAAACGGUUCGUGCGAGGAGCAAUGCCGGAACGGGGGUGCAUGCUCGGGGGGCGUUUGCCAAUGCGUCGAUGGCUGGGCAGGGGCUGACUGCUCACACAGCUCGUGCAUGGGCACCAGUCGGUUGUCAGCGUUGGAAACGGAGCAGACCAUUGUGCACGGGGCUGCAGGGUACCAGACAGGGCAUAACGCGAAUUGCACGUGGAUCAUCACGGCGGACAGUGGCAAAGUUGUCUUCUUCGAGUUCGUGAAACUAGACUUGGACUGGCUCUUUGACCCGCUCGAGUUCUAUGAUGGCGACACGCGGACGGGCACAAAGAUAGGAAGCUUCAGCGGCUACGCUCCCUCAAAGCUCAACGCCAGCGUUGGCGAGAGGUGCCCUGGGGCCAUGUGCCCGCUCGCCCUCCACUCCUCCUCCAGCACCGCGGCGGUUCGCUGGACCUCGGACGCCAUGCAGAGUGGCGAGGGCUUUGAGCUCAAGUACCGCGCCGUGGCCUUGACCGAGGCGCUCUGCGGCACAGGGCCCACCGCGGACUGCACCGGCCGCGGGACCUGCGGAAUCAACGGCUGCCAGUGCAACGAGGGAUGGUUCGGCCAGUUCUGCCAAGUACAGCAGUGCGUGGGCCCUGCCACAGACUUGACAGCGGCGACUGGGAUGAUUAUCAAUAUGGCGGCGACCGAGCUGACCUACGCCCCGGCACGCAGCUGCUCCUGGCUCGUGACCCCCCCGGCCUCGUACGCGAACGAGACUGUGGGCGCAGUAGCAUUCAGAAUCAAAAGGUUUGACAUGGAGGCGGCGGAAAGCUCUGGGGACUCCUUGACCUUCGGGGAGGGGAACGGGAGCUUCACGCUGAGCGGGAUGAACCCGCCCUGCAGCGAAGACAUAAGCGGCUGCGAGAGCGACGCGGACUGCCGCGGGGGCAUCUGCGACAGUUCAGGCACCUGCACCUGUUCCCACAUCCUCAUAGCUGGCGCUGAGGUCCUGGUCCAGUUCAUGACCGACAGCAGCGACUACCCGCCAGGGAGCUUGCACGCGGGCUUUGAGGUGGAAUUCGCGGCCGUCUAUCAGUGCACCAGAGGUGCCUCAGGUGCCUGCCUGACGCCAGCACCGUGUACGCCUGGCUCGGUCCCGAAGACGGUCGGCGGCGUGGAAAUGUGCGACCCAUGCCCCGCUGGCCAGUACCAGAUGUUCGACAUGGCGACCGAACUUCCGAAGUGCAGUUAUUGCCCCCUGGGGAAGUACACGGACAAGCAGAUGCAGACCGAGUGUAUGCUGUGCGACCCUGGCAAUUACUGCCCCUUCGCGGCCCAUGAGAUGCUGCCGUGCCCCGCGGGCACAUACGCAGGAGUAGCUGGAACAGCUGCAUGCGAGCCUUGCCCCGUUGGCACAUAUACAAAUACCACUGGAAGCACCAGUUGCACCAGCUGCAGCACGGGCAAGGCGAACCCAGACCUCUACGCCACACAAAGCCAGGUGCUGGUCUCGGGGACUAGCGAGUGGGUGCCGACGACGGGGGCCGAAUCUGCCGCCGCUUGUGGCUGCAAGGUUGGCGCCUAUGAGAAGGAUGGGGAGUGCGAGCUGUGCGGCGAGGGCAUGGAGUGCCCUGGCAUGGGCGAAGUGAUCAUCGCGCCGGGCUACUUUGCGAGCGCCGACCGGCCCGGCUUCGUGUGGAGGUGCUACGGCACCGACCACCGCAGGUGCCCCGGAGGCCCGCCUGGCACGUGCGCCCCGAGUCGCCUGACCAGCAGCGUGGCGUGCACCACGUGCGAGGACGGGAUGGUGGCGAGCGACGAGGGGGAUUGCAAGGAUUGCUCACCCGUUCAUGUGCUGCCGAUUUUGAUGAUCCUGACGGUUGCGGGCGCCGCGAUGCUCUUGCUCUACCGUAUCUUGGGAUCUUCCGACCCUGCCUCACGCAGCAGGUCCGUCCUCUUGGUGGCAACUGUGGCGGGCCAGCUGUUUACCUUUGUCCAGCAGCUGGGCAUCAUGGGGACAAUCUCCUUGGAGUGGGAGAGCCCUUUCGCCGAGUUCCUCGUGACCAUCUCCCUCUUCAACUUCAACCUGGACUACCUCUUCCUGGAGUGCGCCACGGCACUGGAGCCAGUCUCGAAGUUCACGGGGAGGGUGUUCCUGGUCAUUGCCUUCGUCCUCUCGAUGAUCGUUAUCCACUCCAUCGCCGUCGUCGUCCACCAUGCGGGCGCGUUCCGAGAGCGCAACCCGGCCCUCAUCUGCUCGGUCGGCACGGUGUUCAGCACCUUCUUCAUGUCGAUCAUGGCCUCGAUGCUCGCGCCCUUCCAGUGCGCCGCGCACCCGAACGGGCUGCAGACUGUGCGCGACUACCCCUCGGUCGUCUGCUACGAGUCGAUGGAGACGCGCUUGGCAGCUGGGGACGAGCGGUUCCUGAGGUCUUUCCUCUUCCUGUUCUUCCGCUUUCGACCUGGUGCUCACACGUACAUCGCGGUGUUUUUGUUUCGAAAUCUCUUUAUUUCCGUGGUCCCAGCUCUCGGCAACACCAUGUUUCAGAUCAUCACGAUGCAGGCCAUCUUGAUUCCGCUUCUGGUCGUGACGGUCUACUUCAUGCCCUGGAGCGCCUUCUUGGCGAAUCUGAUCGACGGCUCCAGCACCAUGCUGCUGUGCCUGAUCGUGACGCUGUUUGCCUUCUACUGCGAGGACGCGGACGCGGAAGUCGUCGCGCAGCUCUGCACCGCCAUCUGCAUCAUCGCCUUUCUCACCAUCUUUUGCGCUAUUGCUUGGGGCAUGCUCACGCGCGUCCUGAGGAUUGAGAGCCCUAUGCAGUUCUUCCUCUGCCACCAUCUAGCUGGCGCCGGCAACUUCACCAGGCUCCUGAAGAUGUCGUUGGACAAGAAGUCCAAGAAGGAGAUUGGUGUAGAUUCAGACUACACUGACCCGAGCGCCCUGUUUGCCACCGUGGCAUCUGACGUUGACAUGCUCGUCGUGGUGUGCUCCAAGCAGAUCGCUUUCAAGAUUUUCUGCGUAGGCGAGAUGUCCACCGCAACGCUGAACAAGGUGCCAGUCUGCAACGUGCUCCUCCCAGAUUUCGCGUAUCCCUCCGAGGACUUCGUCACCAAGUACGAGAUUGAGAUGCCACACAUCACUCACCUGGCCCGGUACGGUCUGAACUUGGAGACGGUCAAGGCAUCGCUGCCCAAUUCUGGGCAGGAGUCUGUCCGGAUCCCUUCGCUGAUCAGCAGCAGCACCAUGCAGUCCCUGGUCGGGGUGCUCAUGCGAGAGCAGGGAGCUGUGCCGCUUCCAGACGACACGGGCACGAUCGACCCCUUGGGGUCCUCCAGCCUCUUCAUCGUCGCGGACAUGGGGGCACUGGAGUGCACCUGCGCGGCCCUGGUCCUGCAGCUACUCCUGGCGCGCUCCGUGCAGGGCAGGAGGAGGUGCCCCAGCUGCUGCCGCUGGGGGCGGACCUGCCCUUGUCCGCGGAGAAGGUGUGCCUCGUGCUCAGCAACGGCGCCUUCGCCUCCCCGCACGUGGCCGCCGCCCUGA